CAUGUCCAUAAGGAAAGGUGAUGUGAGGCUGAAUUCAAUACAAUCGUCGCGAAAAGAGUAUCAUUGAUGUAUUGCCUUCCCAUUAAGACCAAUUGAAAGUAAGCCCCACCUCGGAAUCGGCGGUUAGGUACAGUGAUGAAUCAAAAAGUAAUCUAAGCAACUGGGCGCGCGAUGACGAUCCUGGGCGCGAAAACUCAGAACAGCCUCAUGACGCCCGAGAAAGUUUCAGUGUCAAGGAGUAGCACAGAGUGGGAACUGGUGACAUUCGCGGAGUUGGAAACUGAUCUUUAUUGCCCGUCAAUAUCGUUCAUCAUAUCCCCAAUUCUGCUAGUAGACCCUUGUUCUUGCUUCGAAGAUUCUAUUGCUUCCGGGAGGGUUGCGCCAGGUGCUCUGCUCGGAAGAUGGGGCGCCAAUUACUUCAGCGUGGACGACCCUUUGACGAAAAUACCAGUAAGCCUGUGGGCCUUUGAGGGUAGACUCAGACGUCCUAUGGAUGGUCGCCGCUUUGAAGAUGUUCACAGGUUGGAAUUACGGUUUCAUCUAAUAUUGACUGAAGAGGCGUGGUUGAUUAUAUUCAAGUUCUUCUUCUGUGACGUAUGCUUGUGA